AUGGCUGGCGAAACUGGCCCUGUGGAGGUCUCCCGGGCUCAUGCAAUGGUCAUUGCAGGCCUUUUCUCCCUAGCAUGUUGGAAUGUUCUCCAAAUCACAGUGUCCAUUUUCACCACUUUCAGACACUAUCGCGGCCUUUACUUCUGGAGCAUGUUGAUCUCCACAUUGGGUAUUCUUCUUCACACCGUCACCUCUUUUCUUCGUUACUUUGCACUCGCUCCCAACUUUCCCAUGUGUGUUCUCAUAUGCAUCGGGUGGUACGCCAUGGUCACCGGACAAUCCGUGGUUCUUUAUUCACGACUCCAUCUGGUCACUUCAUAUGAUCGCUACUCUCGCUGGGUGCUAUGUAUGAUUGUCUUCAACUUUUGCGCCCUGCACAUCCCCACCACCGUCCUUUUUCUUGGAAUCAAUCGCGGGGCUCAUAGUCUCGAUGAGCCAUUCAAUAUCUACGAGCGCAUCCAGUUAGCAGGAUUCGCCAUCCAAGAAACCAUUCUCAGCGCUCUUUAUAUCUGGGAAGCCAUGACUACCUUGCGACCUAUCUUGGCCAUAAAGGGCUCUCGGGGCCGACGAGUCCUAGUAAACCUCGUGGCCGUCAACGCUCUUGCGGUUUUGCUCGACGCAUCCCUUUUGACAACCGAAUACACCAACCAUUUUGACGUCCAGACUACAUACAAACCGGUCGUCUACAGCAUCAAACUGAUACUGGAGUUCACGGUCCUCAAUAAUCUACUCGUUGUUGUCCGCACCAAUCCAUCGAGUGUUAAUGACGCUCGACAGCUGAACAGAGACGAACUUCACGUGGAGAUGCACUGGAGCGGCAACCGUUCGGAAAAUGCCGUCACUCCUAGCGGUUAUCCACAAAGGCCCAACCCAAGCGAUCGACCAUGUUCAUCUAGAGAAUCAAAUCUCAAACCACAAAGCUUCUGGUCUUCCUGCAAUGAACAGCUUGGGCCUGUUUAA